AAAAAUAAAAAUAUUUAGAACCGCCAAACCGAAAUCAAAAGAUGGUUGUUGUGAAGAAUCAUCAUCCAUGGAGUUCCAAGGCGAAGAUGGUUCCAAAUUCCCUCUCCAAACUAGCGACAAACUUUUGUUUGGACGAGGUUUUGGUUUCAACACCGAUGACCACACUGUUUCUCGUCGUCACGUUUCAUUCCAACUCAACGAGUCUGAAUCAGAGUCUCCUAGGGUUUCAUUUCAAGUCAUCGGAAGAAACCCCAUUUGGGUUUUGAAGAACAACGAUGGAACUCUUAAUCUCUUCAGGAAAUUCGAUAUGGGUCAUUUAGAACUCGGAGAUCGUUUUUGCUUGUCUGGUGGUAAAACACCCAUUUGGUUCAAUUUCAGUAAGAAUCAAGAUUCUGAAUGUGAGAUUGAUUUUGACCAAAUUGAUGUUUCACAAUUUGAUCCUGUUAAAGAGUUUGGUUUUCUUCUGAUGAAACACGAGUUUGACCAGUAUCCAAAGGGCAUGAUUCGGAAUGCGGAGAAUUGGGAGUGGUUCCUCGAGGAGCCCAGCAAAGAAAGCGAGGAUGAGGAUGAUUCUGAUGAGACGAGGAAAAUUAGGGGAAAGCGGAAAGUAUUUAAAGAAAACGAGGAUGACGAGUGGACUGGUGAUAGUGAAGAUGAUAAGGACCUUGUUGCAAAGAUGGGGAAAGGUAAGAAACCUAGAUACUCCACAAGGUCUAAAGACAAAAGAGGAUCUAAUAGUAAUGUCAAAGCUAGUAACAAUUCUAAAAGAAAGAAAGCAACUAGUGGCGAUGAAACUGUUGAUGAUGACGACGACGACGAUGAUGAGACGCUAGGAGGCUUCAUUGUUACUGAUGACGAAGAUGAGGACGAGGAGCAGACCAAUGAUGACGACGAUGAGGAAGAAGAGGAGUUUGAAGAAGAUGAUGACGAUGCUGUUGUGGCUGGUUAAAAUCAAGGGAAAAAAUAGACAUCCUUUUAGAUACCAAGUGUUCUGGCCUUAUUAUGUUAGUAUACAGUGACACAAGCAGCUUUCACUUUUCAUCAUGAUAACAUCAAUUUGAUUGUUUUUCGUGAUAUUUGGAUGAAUUGGUGUAUGUCUAGGACUAUGUUCAAAUGUAUGACAUUGGUUAUGUUUUAGUUCAGUGUAAAUAUAGAGAAUGAUCUUCUUCUUUUUUGUUGAAUGAUAGAGAAAUUGCACUCUUAACGUGAAUAAGUGGAGUGACUGAAAUUUCAUCUUAAGGGAA